AUACAUAUAUAUUACGAACAAAGUUUAUUUUCUUUCGUUUAUUUUCUCUUGCUCUUCUAUUGUAUAUCAUUCACCAUGCGUAACUAGCUGUCAGAGUUACUUGAAGAAGUAAUGUAUUUUUUUCUUGCGCAAUUACUUGAGAGCUGGAUACCAACCUUUACUUGAUUGCACUCAAGUAAACAACACAAGCAACUGUGAUAACACUUCUUGAUCUCUGUUACAGUACUAUUGAAAUUAGUGUUGAUAAAAUCCUACCAUUUGUUGAAGAGGACAAAUAUCAUCCGGCUCUCUCUAUCAGUCUUAAUUUUCGACCUAAUCUUACAUCACCGAUUUCAACAACAUACUCCUUUAAGAAAGCCGAUUAUCAUAAUCUCAACGUCGUCAAUGAAAUUGCUUGGUUUUAUAACAAGCUAGGGGUAGGCUUUACCCUAUAUGUGACUGUACAUAAGAAUUAUGUCAGUAAUUACGCUAAUUGAUUCUCUUUUGAGCUUAUCAACAGAAUUAAGGUCAAAAAUGCGGCUCACUCACAGUACAAGAACUCUAAUAAUCAACGAUAUUACGCUGGCUUCAGCAUGUUAAAGCGUGAUUGCAAAACUUUAAGUAUUGAAUGCUACAGAAAAUAUGUUGACAAAACAGAGAACAUGGUUCAGUCGGACACAAGUGUGAACAUUCCAUCCGAGAUGUCAUGGCUCGAUCAAUCUGCUACCACUGCUGAAUCAAUUAGUAACCUGUUUGCCUCAUACUUCAAAACAACAUUCACUGAUGAUAACAAUAAUGAUCGAAUUCGCAGAUAACCUUAAGCUCUACAGAACCAUCAAAAAUGAGCUAGAUGUCCAGCUGCUUCAAGAUGACAUUGACAAACUGUCGGUCUGGUGUACUAAUAACAAACUUGACCUUAACGCCGCAAAUAAAUGCGCGGUAGUCUCGUACUCGCGCUCUCACAGCAAUAUUGCCACCAGUUAUAAACUAAACGGUCACAACCUGCAAGAAGUUCCCGACAUCAAAGACCUGGGCAUCAUCAUAGACUCGAAGCAUAUAGACAAGAUCACACUCGAAGCUUUCAAGGAUCUUGGAUUAAUCACGAGAACAGGCAAAGACUUUCGCAAUCCCUACACAUUGAUAUGUCUAUAUCGCCAACUGGUCCUACCCAUACUUGAGUACGGCACUGUCGUCUGGUCUCCUCACACGGAUGUCUCGUUCAACAGAUUGGAGGAGGUCCAAAAUAAAUUCUGCUGUCAAGUCGCUGACCUAGUAUUUUACUUUAAGGUUGCUAACAACCUAAUAGAUGCCCCAGAGAUUCUUGUUAGUUUUGAGUUUGCUCCUACGGCAUUCUUGCUGAGACAAUCACGGAAACCUAACAAAAAAGACACAGAAAAACUACGUCUUCCUGGACCACACAACAGGAUUGCUAACCAUGUAAAUUCACUUCACCAGAACAUCGAUUUCUAUGGAAGCUCCCUCAGUUCAUUCAUCAAUAAUAUAAAGGUCAAACUCCUUCCAUACCAUUAAUUUGAUCAUUGUAAUACAAUUGCCCUUAUUAUUAUAUUUUUUCUGUUUUUUCUUUUACUUAUAAAAUUAACGGUUGUAUAUUGCCGAUUGGCGUUAAUUUGUUAAAUAAAUAAAUAAAAAAAAAAAUUA